AUGAAACUUGAUGGUAAAAAUAUUCAAAAUCAAAGCAACGAAAGACAAGAUCCUACUAUCCGUCUAUCAGGUGCUGAUCAUACUAUUGAGCCCGAGCAGACUAUUGGUCAGGAGAAUCAUUUGGUUAAUAUAGUAUUGCAGGAUGACCACACUAUAAACAUUCAGACUCAUAAUUUUCAUGCGGCUCUAAAAACUUCAGGAGAUCACAUAGGAACGGCGAAUUUUCAGCGAGUUGCUUCAGGAAAUCAAUCUAUAGUAUAUGGUUUAGGGGACAAAGAUAAUAAAUUAAAAGAAGUUAAUAUCGAUAAUAAUACGAAUAACAGAGGAAAUACCUAUACUUAUCUUACCAAUGUUAGGGCACGCUAUAAUGCAGGCGGGACAAUAGCAGGCACUGUUAAACUUGGCGAGCAGGGUAUGCUGAUACUUAAAGAUGACAUAAAUUUAGUAGGUAAUAUUGAAAAUGACGAUAGUCUACGUAGAGCUGUUAACCCAGUGAUUUUUGAAGGAAAUAGUAGAAUUGUAGGUAAUAUUGGUAAAAAGGACAAUCCUAUGGUUGCGGUUAAUUUUAGGGGCGACAGGAAGGAGCAAAAGUUAAGCGGAUCCAUAUAUGCUGAUACUAUUGAAUUUAACAAUAAUGAUAUUAUUCUAUCAGAAUCUGCUGGUAAUGUGCCUAUAACUCUUAGCGGUACAACCCAUAUUGAUGGUACUAUUAAUUUAGGUGCUAAUAAAUUAAUAUUGGAUCAAUCAUAUUGGGGCCCUAAUAUUGCUAUUAUGACUACUCUCAAUCAAUAUGAUCGUCUGGGCUCUAUUGAAGUAAAGACUUCCCUGAAUAUUGUGGAGCCUAAUAAAGACUUGCCUCUAAUAGUUAAUGAUGACUUAACUUUACCGAGUUCAGGUGAUCCAGAACAGUAUUUAUUUAUUGAUCAGAAUAUAGACAAUAUAGCUCUAAGCAAUAUAGGGAGAGGGCAAGCUUAUGCAGAGUGGGGAGUUGAAAGGGAAAACAAUAGUGUAAUAUUAACACGUACCAAUAAAGCACGACGAGUUGUGAAGCGAGAUGUACAAGCAGCAGGAGGAGAUAACACAGACCUACAAAAUGUCCAGAAUUUGGUUAGUGCCUCAGGAGGAGAUGCAUUAAGUCUGACUACCGAUAUUGGUAAAAGUGCGGAUGAAAAAACUCGUGGGGAGAAGGGAAUAAAAAAUACUUCUGGAAAUACUGAAGCAUUAGCAAGUAUGUAUCAAGCCCAUAUGACCGCAAGUCAUUCUGUAUUGCUAGGAAGAUUAAAUACGAACGUUCUUUCUUAUAUAUCAGGAGUAGGAAUAGGGGCUGGUGAUGAGGGCCCACCAAAAGCAAAUAUAGGUACGUGGGUUAUGCCAAUUUAUAGUCACGCUAAUCAGAAGCAAAAACAUGUUAGUAAGCCCUCAUAUGCAGUAAAAACGUUAGGGGGGAUAGGGGGGUUGGACGUAGCUCUAAACAAUAAUCUGACAUUAGGUGCGGCUAUUUCUGUUAUUAAUUCAGAGGUUAAAUAUAAAAACCUUAAAGUUGGUGAUAAAAUGAGCACUAAAACUAUCAUGUUAUCUGUUUAUGGAGCACAAAAGCUUACCGACCAGCUUUUUGUGGAAGGAGUUGCAUCUUAUGGCUCAACUCAAAUUGGGAAUAGAGAACUAAGACCCUUCUCUUUCGGUGAGCAAAUUGCUAAGGCUAAUUAUGAAUCCAUAGCUUAUGGAGGAGAAGUAUUAAUGGGAUAUAAUGCUGUAUUCAAUAAUUCAGUAUUGCUAACUCCCGUAGCUGGCAUGAGUUAUAUCAAAUCUCGAGAUGAUGCUUAUAUAGAAACGGGUACCACCUUUGCAAAUAAGACAGUUGAUGCUUGUAGCAUUAGUAGAACUGAUGGGGUUGUUGGAACUAGAGUGUCAACCUCAAUGAAUAUACAGAGUAAUAUGAUAGUAAUACCUGAAGCCCACGCUAUGCUUUCUCAUUAUUUGGGAGGAAAAGCUGGUAAAUUUAUCGCUAUCCUACAGGGUGCUCCUCAGCCAUUUAGCCGUAUUAAUGAUAUAGUAAAAACAAUUUACAAUCUAGGGGUAAGUAUUAGCUCUAAAUCUAAUAAUAUAGAGUAUGGACUUGGUUACGAUGCACAUUUAGCUAAUAAAUAUGUUGCACAUCAGGGGAGCUUGAAAGUUCGUUUGAAUUUCUAA